AGAGAGAGAGAGAGAGAGAGAGAGAAUAUGGCAUCAUUCAGAUCUGCGGCCGCUCUUAUAAUAAAAUAAUAAAUAUUCCUGCUCUACUGGAGCUGUUCACUAAAUACACCUGCAGAAAUCACCACCCGGAGCGGAUCCUUGCGGUUCCUCGACAUGUAGCGCUGUCGAGAGAAAACCCUGAGAAAAACAGGAGAAAACCCGUGAUAACGGGCUCUGAUCUCCGGCGAGAAGAUGGUGAAGAGGAAGAGCCUGGACGACAGCGAGCAGGAGAACAGCCGGGGGAUACCGUUCCCCAUCCAGACCUUCCUCUGGAGACAGACCAGUGCGUUUUUGAGGCCGAAGCUGGGGAAGCAGUAUGAAGCCUCCUGUGUGUCUUUUGAGCGGGUUUUGGUGGAGAAUAAACUCCAUGGACUCUCUCCAGCUCUUACUGAGGCCAUCCAGAGCAUCUCACGCUGGGAGCUGGUUCAGGCAGCACUCCCACACGUCCUCCACUGCACCUCCAUCCUCCUCUCCAACCGCAACAAGCUAGCUUAUUCCCUGGCAGGACACCAGGACAAGCUUGGUGUAGCCGAAACUAAGCUGCUCCACACUCUGCACUGGAUGCUGCUGGAAGCUGCUCAGGAGUGCCACCAGGACCUCGGGCAUGGCUGGUCUGGAGGGGGUAGCAGUGGCAGCAGUGCUUUCCUCCAGCCCCUGGGGAACCAGGGAAACGUUGAACGCAACGGCAGCACACCUGAGGAGAACGAGUACGCCCGGGCCAAGCUUUACCACAAGAACAUGGCCACUGUGGAGCUUUUUGUCUUUCUGUUCGCCCCUCUCAUAAACCGCAUCAAGGAGUCUGAUCUCACCUUUCGGUUGGCUAGUGGACUGGUUAUAUGGCAGCCAAUGUGGGAGCACCGUCAGCCAGAUGUUCCCGCCUUCUCUGCUCUCAUUAAGCCCAUGCGCAACAUCGUUACUGCUAAGAGGAAUUCUGUGGUGAAUAAUCAGUGCAGUCCAUGUGGCACCAGUAACCCGUGCUCCACAGUGGUGUGUGAAUCAGCCCAGUCAGACUCCUCCUCCCCAUCGGUGACGGACCAGAGCUGUCGCCGUGGCAACUCCGUGGAGAGAGGAGGAUCCUCAAAGCGUCCGUAUGAGAGGAGCCUUUCCCAGAAGAAACUCUCAGCUCCUGGUGGAAUGUCAGUGUGUCAGCGGGCGAGGUACGCUACCUAUUUCGAUGUAGCCGUGCUGCGAUGUUUGCUGCAACCUCAUUGGACGGAAGAGGGGGUGCACUGGGCUCUUAUCUUCUACCUUCAGAGGCUGCGGCAGAUCCUGCAGGAGAAGCCAGAACGACCUCCUGAACCACCAAUCGCACCUCUGCCUCGACCACGGAGCAGCUCGAUGGUAGCUGCAGCGCCCUCUCUGGUCAACACACAUAAAACACAGGACAUGACUCUGAAGUGUAAUGAGGAGGGGAGAUCUCUGAGCUCAGAGACCUUCUCUAAAGUAUCCGUCACCAACCUCAGAAGACAAGCUGUCCCAGACCUCGCCUCAGACAUGGGCAUCAACAUAUUUAAAAAGUUUAAGAACCGCAGGGAGGAUCGGGAGAGGAAGGGCUCAAUCCCGUUUCAUCACACCGGGAAGAAGCGGCAGCGGCGUAUGGGCGUCCCCUUCCUGAUGCACGAGGAUCACCUGGACGUUUCUCCAACACGCAGCACUUUCUCGUUCGGGAGCUUCUCUGGGCUGGGUGAUGAGAGGCGGCCUCUGGAGCGUGGCGGCUGGCCCUCCACUAUAAUGGGGAAGUUCACUCGCAGAGGCAGCACAGAUACAGCAGGAGAUAUCGACAGUCUCGGAGCAAAGCACUCUCACUCCCAUCACAACCUGCCCGACCACUCCAACAGCCACAGUGAGAACACCAUCAAAGAGGGGGUUCGCUCCCAGAUCUCUACCAUCACCAUGGCAACCUUUAACACCACGGUAGCCUCUUUUAACGUGGGCUACACUGAUUUCUUCACUGAGCACAUUAAAAAGCUGUGCAAUCCCAACCCCAUCCCGGAGAUGCCCUGUGAACCGCUGGCCUGUUCCAACUUACCCCGCAGUCUGACCGACUCCUGCAUCAACUACUCCUGCCUGGAGGAGAGAGACACCAUUGAGGGCACCAACAACUUCAUCCUGAAGAACGGCAUGCUGGAUCUUACUGCUGUCCUGCGGGCUCUGUAUGCCGUCCUCACUCACGACAUCAGCUCACGGAUCUGCGACGUGGCCCUCAACAUCAUCGAGUGUCUCCUGCAGCUGGGCGUGGUUCCUGACCUGGCCAAGAAGGUGUCCAAACCUGAGGACAAGCCGAAGGAGGCAGAGCUUGCGAAGGAGGGAGCCGGUCAGAGCGUGGGUGGGGCUCACGGCGGCGCGAGUGGGAGCACAGGGGCGGCGCCUAGCGGAGGAAAUGGAGAUGGAGAUGGAGGUGAUGGAGGAGGUGGAGGAAGUGGAGGAGGAAGCAGAAAUGAUAUUAAAAACAACAAAGACAAUAAGGAGGAGGACUCGUCUCUCAGCACCCACAGGCUGGCUCUGACGAUGCUGAUUAAGAUAGUGAAGUCUCUGGGCUGUGCUUACGGCUGUGGGGAAGGUCAUCGUGGACUCUCAGGAGAUCGGCUGCGCAUGCAGGCCCAGAACUGCCUGACCAGUCUGUACAAGCUGGAUAAGGUGCAGUUCCGGCAGACUAUGAAAGAGUACGUCAACAAGGAUUCACUCAACAACAUAGUGGAUUUCCUGCAUGCCCUGCUCGGCUUCUGUAUGGAGCCCAUCACUGACAAAUACGGCAGUGCAGGUGAGAGGUCCAGGAGGGCGAAUAAACGAAACUUCGACAAGGCUGGUUUCGGAAACAAUUUCGCCACGGGAGGAGAUAAGUCUCUGGCUCAGAACAUGGAGGCGGUGGUGGUGGGCUGCAUGUUCAAAUCCCUUAUAACCCGAUGCGCCUCCACUACACAUGAGCUGCACAGUCCCGAGAAUUUGGGUCUGUACUGCGACAUCAGGCAGUUGGUUCAGUUUAUCAAAGAGUCACAUGGAAACGUUUUCCGCCGUGUGGCUCUGAGCGCUCUGUUGGACAGCGCAGAAAAACUCAAUGCCACUAAGAAACCUGACGAAAAAGACGAUUCCAAACACACCGGACAGAAAAGUGAGGAACAGAUCCCCGGAGCUCUUUUAGGACGUAAGGACUUCUGGAGGAAGAUGUUUAAAUCCCAGAGCGCUGCCAGCGACACCAGCAGCCAAUCAGAACAGGACACAUCAGAGUGCACUACUGCCCAUUCAGGGACCACCACAGACCGCCGCUCUCGCUCGCGCUCUCGCCGCAUCUCACUGCGCAAAAAACUCAAACUGCCCAUAGCGUGCCGUAGGAGUGUCCGCCUUCCAUUCACUCUCUCCGUCUUACGAAACUGGCUGAAGCGCUCGUCCCUGUCAGGAUUGGCUGAUGGGGUGGAGGACCUGCUGGACAUCAGCUCUGUGGACAGACUGUCCUUCAUCAGGCAGAGCUCCAAGGUGAAGUUUACCAGCGCUGUGAAGCUGUCUGAGGGAAGCGCUCUGGAAUACGGGCGAGAGGAGGAGGAGAAUUUCUUCAAGCGGCUCGGUAAAUGGCGGUCUGGCCGGCGGAACCCAUCCAAGCUUCACCACACAGAGGAGAAAGAUGGUUGUCACGGAUUUCAGGAACGCUUGGUUACCAGCCAGGAGGCCAUAAAAAAUAAGAACAUCGUGAACCUGGGGGCCAUCAGACAGGGCAUGAAGCGCUUCCAGUUCCUCCUGAACUGCUGUGAGCCAGGAACCAUCCCAGAUGCCUCCAUACUAGCUGCAGCGUUGGACCUGGAAGCUCCAGUGGUGGCGAGGGCGUCCCUGUUUCUGGAGUGUGCACGCUUUGUGCACCGCUGUAAUCGUGGUAACUGGCCUGAGUGGAUGAAAGGUCACCACGUGAACAUCACCAAGCGAGGGCUCUCACGAGGACGCUCACCUGUGGCGGGAAACAAGAGGAACAACAAACUCCAGUGGAACGCUGCCAAGCAUUUCUACCAGUGGGGGGAUGCGAUCGGCACUCGUUUGAGUGAGUUGUGUCACUCGGACAGCGAGAGCCCCGCCAACAUCUUAGGCUUCAUUUACGACGAUGAGAGUAAGAGGAGGGCGAGGAAGGAGGAUGAAGAGGAAGACUUUCUGGAUGACAGUAAGAGAAAGGACACCGUCAACCCGUCGAAGUGCGCGUGUCCCUUUGCUCUGAAGAUGGCCGCCUGUCAGCUGCUUCUAGAGAUCACCACCUUCCUGAGAGAGACGUUCCCCUGCCUCCCUCGUCCCCGAACCGAGCCUCUGGUGGAUUUAGAGAGCUGCCGGCUGCGUCUGGACCCAGAGCUGGGUCGCCAUCGCUAUGAGAGAAAGAUCAGCUUCGCUGGGAUUUUGGAUGAUGAGGACGGUCACGAUUCUCUCAACAGCAGCAGCCAUACUCUGAAAUCUGAUACAGCCUGCGAUGAGAAGAAAUCAUCACAGGAACCCCUGGCUCCCAUCAGGAAGAUUCGUAUCGGAGGAUCUCGUCUGCUGCAGAUUAAAGGGGCGAGAAGCUUUAAGGUGAAAAAGGGAGGCUCACUGUCCUCCAUCCGCAGAGCCGGCAGCCUGAAGAGCACUAAGAUGUCGAGGCAGGACUCCGAGUCUGAGAACGAUGCUGAGUCUGAUCGUUUGCUGUCUCAGAGCAGAGACACAGUCACUGAUAUAGGGAGCCCCUGGAGCGCCAGUGAGCCCAGCAUCGAGCCUGAGGGCGGGGGCAGCACUGGAGGAGUGGAGGACAACUACCACCGCAACAUGUCAUGGCUGCAUAUCAUGAUCCUGCUGUGCAACCAGCAGAGCUUCAUCUGUACCCACGUGGAUUUCUGCCACCCGCGCUGCUACCAGCGCCACAGCCGCUCCUGCGCCCGCCUCGUCCGCGCCAUCAAACUCCUGUACGGAGAGACGGUGGACAGCCUGAGAGAGAACAGCUCCGGGAUCAGCAUCAACACACGAGCCAAGAAAAGCAAAGAGUGCUCAGAUAAGUCCUGCCUGCGGACCCCGUCCAUGAAGAGACGUCCCACUGACAGCAGCGCGGAGGGGAAGAAAGACUCAGGGAUGCUGAAAUACAUCCGAACACAGGUGAUGAGUCUCGCUCCAGCUCCUCUCUCUCUGCUCAUUAAAGCAGCUCCGAUCCUCACAGACGACAUGUAUGGAGAUAUCCAGCCCGCGGCCUGGGAGCUGCUGCUGAGUGUGGAUGAGCACAUUGCUGCUGCUGCAGCUGCCAUGUUCCUGCUGUGCGCGGUGAAGGUACCCGAUGCUGUUACUGAGAUGAUGAUGGCUGAGUUUCAGCACAGUGAGGCCAGUCAGAGGAUCAACUCUGUGCUGAAGUUCUACACCAUCUGGAGGUUCCGCUACCAGGUCUGGCCUCGCAUGGAGGAGGGAGCACAGCAGAUCUUUAAGAUUCCUCCACCCAGCAUUAAUUUCACUCUGCCGUCCCCAAUUCUGGGAAUGCCCUGUGUGCCCAUGUUUGACCCACCCUGGGUGCCCAUAAAUGCCGGUACGGUUCCAGACGCAAUCAGUGAAGAUCAGUCUAAAUCGUUCUCGGCCCGUGCGGUGUCCCGCUCUCACCAGCGAGCCGAGCACAUCCUGAAGAACAUGCAGCAGGAGGAGGAGAAGAGGAGGCUGGGUCGAGAGGCCAGCAUCAUCACAGCCAUCCCCAUCGCCCAGGAGGCCUGCUAUGAGCCUACCUGCAGCCCCCCACCUGAGCAGGAGGAAGAGGAAGACGUGGUGAACUUGGCUUCACGGCGUUUAUCAGUCAGCCCCUCCUGCGCCUCCAGCAACUCUCACCGGAACUACUCCUUCCGCCGCGGCUCGGUGUGGUCCGUACGCUCGGUGGUCAGUGCUGAAGAUGACGAGAAUACUACUGAGCACACCCCAACACAUCACAUGCUGCAGCCGCCCCAGUCCGUUUUCCCAGCAUGCAUCUGUGCUGCUGUCCUGCCCAUCGUGCAUCUAAUGGAGGAUGGAGAUGUUCGAGAGGAUGGUGUAGCAGUGAGUGCUGUGGCUCAGCAGGUGCUGUGGAACUGCCUGAUUGAAGAUCCUGCGCUCGUGCUUCGUCACUUCCUGGAGAAACUCACAGUCAGUAACAGACAGGAUGAGCUCAUGUACAUGUUGAGAAAGCUGCUGCUCAACAUUGGAGACUUACCUGCACAGACCUCACACAUUCUCUUCAACUAUCUGGUGGGUCUGAUAAUGUAUUUUGUGCGCACCCCAUGUGAGUGGGGUAUGGACGCUAUCUCAGCCACUUUAACCUUCCUGUGGGAGGUGGUGGGAUAUGUGGAAGGCCUCUUCUUUAAAGACCUCAAACAAACCAUGAAGAAAGAGCAGUGUGAGGUCAAACUGCUGGUUACCGCUUCCAUGCCAGGAACCAAAACUCUGGUGGUUCAUGGACAGAAUGAGUGUGAUAUUCCCACCCAGUUACCCGUGCACGAAGACACACAGUUUGAAGCCCUGCUGAAGGAGUGUCUUGAGUUUUUUAAUAUACCGGAGGCUCGCUCAGCACACUACUUUCUCAUGGACAAACGCUGGAAUCUGAUCCACUACGCCAAGACGUAUGUGCGAGAUAUCUACCCGUUCAGGCGGUCGGUGUCUCCUCAGCUCAACCUGGUGCACAUGGCUCCAGAGAAGGGUCAGGAGCUGAUUCAGAAACAGGUGUUUUCCAGGAAGCUGGAGGAAGUGGGCCGGGUUCUCUUCCUCAUUUCUCUGACCCAGCGCAUGCCAGCCAUGCACAAGCAAUCUCACGUCUCUCUGCUUCAGGAGGAUCUGCUGCGCCUGCCAUCUUUCCCCCGAACAGCCAUCGAUGCUGAGUUCACGCUCUUUAAUGAGCCUCUGGGGAAGGAACUCUUUGGUAUGGACACCUUGCAUAAGGUGUUGUGGAUCAAGCUGCUGGAGGAGAUGUUUCUGGGCAUGCCCAGUGAAUACCCCUGGGGUGAUGAAAUCAUGCUGUUUCUCAAUGUGUUUAAUGGAGCUUUGCUGCUACACCCUGAAGACAGCGCCCUCCUCAGGCAGUACACUGCCACUGCCAUUAACACAGCUGUGCACUUCAACCACCUCUUCUCCCUCAGCGGCUACCAGUGGAUUCUCCCUACCAUGCUUCAGACGUAUGCUGAUUACGAGAGUAACCCUCUGCUGCGUCGAGGAAUCGAGUUCUGCUGUCGUCAGUUUUACAUCCUCCACCGCAAGCCCUUCAUCCUGCAGCUGUUCGCCAGCGUCGCCCCGUUGCUGGAGUUCACUACCUGCACCAGUACUGGUCUCUCUAAAGGAGUUUCAGCUCAGUGUUUGUUUGACCUGCUGGUGUCUCUGGAAGGAGAGACCGCCGACGGUCUGGAUGCUCUGGAGCUGGUGAAGGCAGAGAAACCACUUCGCUCUCUGGAUUUUUGCUACGGCAACGAGGACUUGGUUUUCUCCAUCAGCGAGUCCAUUAAGCUGUGUGUGACAGUGGUGGCUUAUGCUCCCGAGUCAUAUCGAAGUCUACAGAUGCUGAUGGUUCUGGAAGCCCUGGUUCCGUGUUAUCUGCAGAAGCUGAAGAGUAACAGUCAGGCUCUGGAGUCGGUGUCUGUAGCCAGAGAUGAGAUCGCAGCUAUAGCUGCUCUGGCUACGUCCCUGCAGGCCCUGCUGUACAGCGUGGAGGCUCUGACUCGGCCAAUGACUGCGCCUCAGAUGAGUCGCUCUGAUCAGGGCCAUAAAGGAGGAACUACUGCCAACCACACAAUGUCUGGAGGACCAAAUACCAGAGACAAUCUGCACCUGAUGGAGGAGGGGCAGGGCAUGCCGCGAGAGGAGCUGGAUGAACGGAUCGCCCGAGAGGAGUUUCGUCGCCCCCGCGAGUCUCUGCUCAACAUCUGCACCGAGUUCUACAAACACUGCGGCCCUCGACUCAAAAUCCUGCAGAACGUGGCUGGAGAACCCAGGGUCACUGCUCUAGAGCUGCUGGAUAUAAAGUCCCAUAUGAGACUGGCUGAGAUCGCCCACUCCCUCCUGAAGCUCGCUCCGUACGACACUCUGACCAUGGAGAGCCGCGGCCUUCGCCGUUACAUCACCGAGAUGCUGCCCAUUACCGACUGGUCGUCCGAAGCCGUGCGCCCCGCCCUCAUCCUCAUCCUGAAGCGUCUGGAUCGCAUGUUCAACAAGAUCCACAAGAUGCCCACGCUCAGGUGCGCGCGCCCGCAGGCUCUGUACUCCAGACGACAGGUGGAGUGGGAGGCGGCCAGCAGUUUGAUAGAAGGAAUCUGUCUGACUCUCCAUCGUCAGCCAAUCAUCUCCUUCCUUCCUCACCUUCGCUCUCUUAUUAACGUUUGUGUUAACCUGGUGAUGGGUGUGGUUGGACCUUCCAGUGUAGCCGAUGGUUUGCCUUUACUGCACCUAAGUCCAUACCUGUCCCCUCCUCUUCCCUUCAGCACCGCUGUGGUUCGUUUAGUAGCCAUGCAGAUACAGGCUUUGAAGGAUGACUUCCCACUCAGUCACGUGAUCUCUCCCUUUACCAAUCAAGAGCGACGGGAGGGCAUGCUGCUCAACCUUUUGAUUCCGUUUGUGCUGACUGUUGGCUCAGGAAGCAAAGACAGCCCUCAAAUUGAGCAGGCAGAGGUUUUCCUGCUCCUGCAGACAGUCAUCAACAUCCUGUUGCCUCCGCGCAUCAUCAGCACCUCACGUAGUAAGAACUUUGUGCUGGAUGCUUCUCCAGCUCACUGCUCCACCCCCGGAGAAACGGGCAAGGACCUGCGCCGAGAGGGUCUCGCCGAGUCCACCAGCCAAGCAGCGUACCUAGCUCUGAAGGUGGUGCUGGUGUGCUUCGAGAGGCAGUUGGGUAAUCAGUGGUAUAGACUGAGUCUGCAGGUGAAGGAGAUGGCUCUGCGGAAAGUGGGCGGUCUGGCUUUCUGGGACUUCAUUGACUUUAUAGUGCGCACUCGCAUCCCCAUCUUCGUGCUCCUGCGCCCAUUUAUACAGUGCAAGCUCCUGACCCAGCCUGCGGAGUCUCAGGAGGAGAUCACGGCUCGACAUCACAUUGCUGAUCAGCUGGAGCGGCGCUUCAUCCCGCGCUCGCUGUGCAAGAGCUCCCUAUUCGCCGAGUUCAACAACGAGCUGAAGAUCCUGAAAGAGGCCGUACACAGCGGCUCUGCUUACCAGGGGAAGACCUCCAUCAGUACAGUGGGCACGUCUACAUCAGCGUACCGGCUCAGUCUGGCCACGAUGUCCCGCUCCAACACCGGCACGGGGACAGUGUGGGAGCAGGACAGUCAACCGUCCCGCCAGCCCUCACAGGACACACUCAGCCGCACUGAUGAAGAGGAGGAGGAAAAUGACUCCAUAAGCAUCCCCAGUGUGGUAAGUGAGCACGAGGCUUUCUUCCCAAGCCUCGUUAGCCAGCGGCGCUUCUCCAGCCACGCCACGGGCUCCUCCUCCGCCCAGAAAGAACCAGGCCUGAGCACCAUGCUGCCCAGCCACAGUGAACCCAAUGUGCUAGAUGAGUCGCAGGGGAUGCUGGAGGAGGGUAACCUCUCACGGGUCGCGAGUGUCCAGAGUGAACCCGGCCAUCAGAAUCUCCUGCUUCAGCCUCCUCUCGGCCGUAAAAGAGGUCUUAGGCAGCUUCGUCGGCCGCUGCUGUCCAUCCCGAGGGUGCAAGAUGAAGCUCGGAGCCGUCAUGGAGCCAGGCUUUCUACCACACGCAGGAGCAUCCAGCCCAAAAACAAAGCAGUUGAAAGAGCACAUUGUGACCAGAAAAGGGUCGUUACUUUCACUGAGACUCAGCAGGAACCUUCUGUAAAGUCUCCGUCCGCUACACCCACACCUACACUCAGCACAGUCCUGCCAGGUGUGACUGAGGUCAGGAGAUUGAGCCACGGCAGAGCCUCACCUUUAACCACAUCCGAGACUCCAUCACCCACCAUCAAACCUGACCAGUACAGCCCAGGACGCCCACAGGCCUCACCUCUGGCUAAGGGUCUAGCAAAGCGAGAGCAGGGCAGUAUCAAAGGUGUCCUGUCUCCAGCGCCCUCCUCUGCUCCAGCCUCCAGGUCCUGCUCUCCGCUCCCUCCUCCACUUCCUGUCCUGAGCACACCGGUUCGUCUGGCCGCCGCCCAGAUCCGCGAGAGCCCUGAGGACGAAGAGACGUCAGGACUCCUGCAGAACACCGAUACCUCGCUGCAGACGGGAGAGGAGCAGGGCAUGGAGAACCCUCUGCUCACCUCCCUGCUGUCUCCUCACGCCCUGUCUCCUCUACCGCUUUCUCCUGUAGACCUGGACCUGGACGAAUCCCACGUGUAAACAGAUCGAAGCCAUAAGUCCUGAUUCUUUAUUUAAAGCCUCUUUAUCUCAUUCAACUGUGUUCUGUUGUUCUAUAUACUGCAUUUUUCAAACUGUAAGGAGCACCGGAUUAUAUUAUUAUGUGACACUAGUAAGGAACAGGGGUGUCGCCAUGUUUUCCUUCUAAUUCAGUAAGGUAACUAAGUUAAGUAAAGCUAAGCUAGGUAAACAAAACUGAAAUUUCUAAGGCUAGGAGCAGCAGCAUUAGCAUUAGUUAGCAGCGCUUAGCACUAGUAAUAAAUGCUAACUCCUAACAGCACUAAACUGAGAAACCCUAAGUGUUCUGGUAAGUCAGGGUGAUAUUAGCUAGCGGUUCGUCCCACGUAGCUUGUUUUAACACGGUAAAUGCACAGACUACAGUCCGACAUACUCACCUCUGAACGGCAAAGAGCUAGCACUUAGCACAUAUAUCAGCUAAUGCUAAUACUGCUCCAGUCUUGGUGCUUGAGAAACUUCACUAAAACUCCUGUAUAACUCUGUACUUCAGCAGAGUGUCUUUAAUGUGCCUUAAUACUUAAUUGGUAAAAUUCAUACAUAAGGCACAUUAUGUGACACUAGUAAGGAACAGGGGUGUUUCCAUGUUUUCCUUCUUCAUUACCAAUUCAGUAAGGUAACUAAGUUAAUUAAAGCUAAGCUAAGUAAACAAAACUACAAUUUCCAAUUUCUAAGGCUGGAAGCAUUAGCUAGCAGCACUUACAGCACUAGACUGAGAAACCCUGAGUGUUCUGGUAAGCCAGGGCGAUAUUAGCUAGCGGUUCAUCCCACGUAGCUUGUUUUAACAUGGUAGUACUAAGCACGGUUAGCGGCUAAUGCUAAUGCUGCUUCAGCAGUGCUAGCCAUGGUUAAGAACACGCCACAGGCCGAAAAUACUCACCUCUGUACGGCGAAAGAGCUAGCGCUUAGCGUGGUUAGCGGCUAAUGCUAAUGCUGCUCCAGCCUUAAUUUUAGUAUCAUAUAUCACCAGUCAGCUAUUUACCUGUGAUCAUGCCUCGAUAGUUUACGAUAAUGCAGCGAAGGUAAUGUUUCAUAUGUGUGGUCAUAUAUAAGCUCUAAAUGUCGGACCUCAUAUAAAGUUAUUUUUUAAAUCCAUAGACAGAAUAUGAUGGUCCAUCUCUAUACCUUUAAUAUAAAGCUAAAGCUAUAAUUCGUCUCGUUUUAAAUCUUCACGUCGCACUGUGAGUCUAAAACUGAUAGCAUUGUGUUGUUCCGUUCAACAUGACUUAUAAUAUAAUUGAUAUAUUAUGCUAUGAUUUAGCCUGUGAUAUGCAAAUAUUUAAGUAUUUAAUUAUACAUAUUAUAUUGAAGUAAUUAUAUAAAUUGAAAUACCAUUAGAACUAUUUAUUUAUUUUGCACAGUAUAUAUUUAAAGGUAUUUACUAUAUUAAUUUAUAAUCAUGCUUAUUUUCAUUGUAUUAAGCAGAAUACUUAACAUAGUUAAUUCAUAAAUGUGUCUAAAUGAACCCUGAACUUUAUUUAGAAGCAGACGUCUUAGCCAAACCUUUACACUGCAAAUGUCCAUCUGUGUAAGUGUUGUUGUGAAUGUGUGUAUUUGUUGCUGGAAACUUCCUGCUAGCUAUUUUUCUGAAUUCUAUACUACAAAAGUUUAUUAUACUAAAUUAAUUAAACAUUCUACUGAUUGACGAAUCAUAGUUCUUGUACUCUAGGCCAAAGAGGAAACACUUUAUACUUUAUAUAUAUAACAGCUAUAUAUAAAGAAAGAAACUAUAAUUAUAAUAUUAAUUAAUAAAGCAUAUUAAUAUUAGUAAUCUGUGUCUGAGAGGACUGAGAGAUUGUCGAUAUAUAUAUAUAUGUCAGUUUUUGUGUGAUUUCAUAUACGCAGUUUUCGCUGAGUCUGCUUUACUGUAAUGUGCUGCUAUUUGUUGGACUUGUGCAAUAAUAAAACAAAUAAUGAAAACAA